AUGGAGAGCUCCGACGCCUCUCUGCAGCUCUAUCGCGUCAACACGCAGCCGACGGGCGACGCUGCUGCUGUCGCCCAUUCGGUCCAAUGGGACCCCUGCGCCUCGCACACCGACUGCGACUCGUGUCUGAACGCGAGCCUCACGUGCCACUUUUGCCAGAGCGACUUCCAGUGCCACACCAUUGGCUCUCCCUUUGGAUGCCCCGUAGGCGUCUCGGUCUGUCACCGUCUCGAAGACUGCCAGCGACCCGAGCCGCAGUACGUGGGCUACGGGCCGCCGCCUUCAGUGGUGAUUGCCGUGCUCUGCCUUAUGGUGACGCUGACGUGCUGUUGCUGCGGCAUUUCGGCCAUUUGCUCGGCGUUUUGCCGACCCAAGAAGGCGCCGACACGACGUGCCAUGCUUGCGGCUGCCCUCAAGGAGAACAUGCAGAAGAAGGAUACGAAGCGGGAACUCGUGGACGAAGAAGAAGAAUGUGCACAAGCUCAGAGACAGCCUCUGCUUCUCGGGGAGAUUCGGGAGGGAGAAGUCCGGUUGUUUGAGAACGAGGUGGACCAGGAGUCACUCGAGCGGCUACACACGCGCUACGAAGCAGAUGAGCGGCGGGUCAACUGGCACGCAGUAGCUACGCGCGUCACAUGGCUUACACUGCUUAUUACGACAACUGUGUUGGCCCUCAUGUUCUACCCGCGAGUGCCCGACUACAACGUGUGCAAUCGCGAGUUUGAGUGGGAAUCCAUUUUGCACAGCAUCAUGGGCCUCGAGCCAAAGGUGGAGUACCAGGUGCUUGUGAGCGUGAUAAACGAGAACCGCUUUGGCUUUGUGCUCGAAUCGGGACGCGCUGAUAUUUAUCACAACUCCACCUUAGUGGGCACGUGGGAGCUCGACAAGCCGUGGAAAGCCAAAGCCGGCUCUAUCAGCGAUAAGAUCGCGGGAAUCAACAUCAAGCCUGGAUACGCUGAAGGCAUUGCGUUGUGGAAAGAUUUUAGCAAGAACGAGCUCGUUUUUCGCAUUAAUGCUACGAUCACGGGGUCCAUCACGUGGGGUCGCUACAAGAUCUAUCGCAUUUCAUCCUCCACGCCGGACGUUGAGUUCCUUGUUGGAGCAGAGUACGAUCGAGGUCUUUGCAAGUGCACCGAGUAUCUGACACCAACGUAA